AUGGGGAAAAAAAGGAAAUUGAAGCAGAAUAAUUUAAAUGUUCAAGUUGAUUUAGAUAAAAAGGAUGGCCAUGGAAUUAUUAUUUGUAAAUUUGAAUGUUUUAUUGAAUCUUUGCGAGAUUUUAUUGAAUACGCGUCACGUUUGGAAAUGGGGAAUUGUAUGGAUGAAAAAGAGAAAAAGAUACAUAGAGUAGCACUUCGGUUUGCUGAUAUAGUAAAAGACGAUCCUUUUCUAGCUGAAGUUUUAUCCGUAGUUCAACGUCCUUUGGAAAUGAGAUUGGUAAAAGAGUCGGAUAUACCUUUUUUGCCUGAAAUAAAAGACCCAGUGUUAUUGAAGCAGGUUUUCACUCAUAGGUCGUAUGCAUAUGCUACUCAGUCUUAUAAUGUUUCUGAAAGAGAAGUUUUGAAACUACAUAAUGAAAGAUUGGAGUUUUUAGGUGAUUCAUAUUUAAAUCAUGCAGUGACAAAAUUACUUUUUAAAGCAUUUCCUGAUGCACGUGAAGGAGAGCUCUCUGUUAUGCGUUCUCAGCUUGUGGGGAAUACUAAGGCGGAAAAAAUUAGUAGACUUUAUGGUUUUGAUAAAAGAUUGCUUUUAAGCGAAUCUGCCGAAAGUGAUAAUGUUAGAUCUUUAAAAAAAAUUGUAGCUGAUAUAUUUGAGAGCUAUAUUGGAGGUUUAGUGUUGGAUUCGUAUAAUGGAGAACAAAUCGCAUUUCAAUGGAUUUCGGAAUUGAUGGCACCGGAUAUUUAUUUGUUUCAGAAGAAACAGAAGAGUUCUAUAGAAUUGGAUAAAAUGGCAAAACAAACAUUGUAUAAUAGGAUUGGUAGAGAAUUUAAUACAGAUGGUCAGACGCGAAAAAAAAUUGAAUAUAUUUGGAUUGGUGGGGAAGGUGGGAAUAAAGAUGGAUAUGAGUAUAGUUGUAGAAUAGAUGGACAAGAAGUUGGUCGUGGAUGGGGGCCUAAUCAGAAGAUUGCUGGUAUCCGUAGCGCCAUGGAUGCAUUGUCAAAGCUUCCUUCUGAAGAUUAA